AGAUACAACCAAACCAACCCAGAUGGCUCAGAACUACGACACUACUACAACCACGGCGUAUGUGCCUCAGACAGCUCCAGCUCAAGGUAUUGCAGCGACCCUAUGAAGGUCCGCGCGGAGUGCACUUUAGAAGCUAACUUCGACGCCAUGUCGAAAGCUAAAGAAGCACAAGUGGGGAACCUGAAGUUGAAUUUGCCACUGGUCGAGGACGAUUAUUUGAUGCCUUCGCCACAGCACAAUCAGAACGCAUCGACGUAUAUGGACUUGAUAGGGGAGGGCGGGGAAAUUGAGGAAGGUCAAGACGAGAAGGAGUUGCGUUAUAGCAGUUUCGUGGGACCGAAGCGGUGUGUGGAUAACCCGGAGUACUUGAUGUCGGAGGAGAACGUGCCGGCGCAGACUCUGGGUAUCCCUACGGAGCCGGUGCCCCUGGAGUCGCUGUGCGCGAGCGAGGGCAGCGGGAGCGAGAGCACGCCGCGGCCCGGCACCAGCAAGUACCUGCCGCAGCGGUCGGUCGAGGAGGAAUCCAUGUCCGACCACGAGUACUACAACGAUCUCCAGCGCGAACUGCAGCCCCUCCGAAGAAACGAGACCACAGUGUGAGUGCAACAUUGCCACAGUGUGAUAUUACAACGUAUAGACUGAUCUCCCGCGACUAUUAACUCUAAAGUAAGCGCGCCCGCGCACCCCCUGUGCCAUUGGUGUGAUGGCUAGUGUUAGCUUGUUGAUAUAAAUCGACUAAGAAUUUUAUUAGUUUUUAAGGACCAUUUUUGUUAAAUUUUUCUACCUAAAAAUGUAAAGGAACUGUUAUAAUAUGUAUUAGUAAUAUGCAUAAAAUAUUAUUUCAUUUUAGGUGCUCGCACGAUGCUCUUAACAAUAUAUAAGUUAUUUAUUAAUUUAGUUAUAAGGAAGGCUAUGUUUACGUUACUCGUAUGCUGUAGCGUUAAGUAGCUAGGCGAGUGUUAUUUUUAUUUUAAACUGUGAUAAUUAGUUUAAUUUUAAUACGACGGAGACCAUGAAACGAGCUGAGUGUAAAAGGCUUGGUAGGGACGUAUUGGUAGAUGGUGUUGCCAUUGACUAUGUACUUAAGAGGAGCCGCAGUUGCUUAGUCUUUUUCAGCGGAUUUUUCUGUUUUCUUGCCAUUUAAUAGCACUAGAGCAAAGAUUUAGCGCUAUUUUAGGAACUAAACAGGAAUAAUGUACGUUUGUAUGACUAAGUGCUUUCUGAAAUUUCCUCUUAAGUCCACGUAGGAUGCGUGGACACGAGCGGUCGCUCAAAUACAUUCACAAACCCAUUGUGAAUAUUUAAAUAAUAUUCCAUAAACAUUCCUCUUGUAAAACUACAAUUUCCACGAUCAUAAACGAUAUAUUCCAAUCUCAUUCCUCUAAUAUCGUUAAGUAACGAAUAAAUACUUAGAUGAAUUUAUAAUUAAUCUCCAUUAUCAAGCAAGCCAGUAAUCAUAUUCUUGCCGUUUAAUAUUGAUUUUAAUCAAUAGCUAAUACAUGCAUUUUAGCUAACUUGCCUUUUACUCAGUCUACGUGCAAAUUUCAAUUUGUAUAUUAUUUCUUAUACUUGUACAUAUACAUUAUUUGUUUAAUAUAAACUGUAAACUUGAUAAUUUUUUACAGCAGGCCACAAAAGACAUAAAUUUUAAGUUAACUAUUAUUAUUUUAUAUGAGCUGUCUUUUAGCACAAAAAAGCUCAAAUUCCCAACUUAAUGCAAAUAUAACUAUUACAUUUUACCUAUUAUUAAUUAGUUAAGUGUUUGUUUUAUAGUUAGACCAAACCACAUUUGCCAUGUAUUUGUAAAUAAUAUUAAAUUGCUACGCUAUUGUACAUAAAAGUAGUGAUCAGAUAUCAAAUUAUUGUAUGUACUUGCAUAUAAAAUAAAGUUUUUAAAUGUAAUAUAAUGAAUCAUCUGCUCUUUUGAAGCUCUAAAUUUUAUUGUGCCAUCGAAUAUGAAAUAGAUAUAAAUCUACGGAUAAAUAUAAAGACAAAUUAUAUAUGCUACUUGUUUUAGUCUGCGUCAGUAGAGUUAGGUCAUCUUCGUAAUAAUAAUUACUUAUUAAAAAUCUACUUAAAAUAUUGGAUUGUCUCAGUGAUCUCAAUGUUUGCAGUCAAUUUUAUUCACAUCACUAUAGACAAUGACAAUUCAGUGUAUAUGUAUGUUAGUCGUCAUUUGUUGCAAGAUAGCUAAUUUCUAUUGUAGCGGACUAUGUUUAUAUGCAUGACAUAAAGUCAUAUGUUGUUGUAUGUUGAUGUCAUGUAUAAGUAAACAUAUUAUUGUGUUGCACGAUUGCAUUUC